AUGUUAAAAAAAAGUGAGAAUCGUCACAUCGUUAUAUUUUUAAUUUCUCCCUAGAAUUUUUAUUGUUUUCACUAUGAAUCAUAAUAAAUAUGAUGGAACCAUUCAUCCAGAAGUAUGGGUUAGGCAAAUUCGAUUGAGUUUUUAUGAUCAAAAUAAUGAAAAUACUAAAAAUGAACAAGAAACUGUUGAUUAUUGUAAAUUAUUAAUUCAUCCUUCUAUUAAAAUUUCUUCCGAAACAAAUUCUUUUGUUGGACUUGUUAAUGAUCUAAAAUUGGAUACUUCUUAUGACGCUUUUAAAAAAUCUAUUAAAAAAAAAGUACAAGAAUUAAAGUUUAAUAAUAUUAAUAAAGAUAAUGGCGAUGAUGAAAGUUUAAAAUUCUUGAAUAAUUUUAUACAACUUUGUUAUGAAGGUGAAAUAACUGAAAUUGGAGAACGAAAAAGACUAUUCUUGAACGCCUUAUCAAAAGGUUCCCUUCAACAUUCUCUUAUUGAUAAUAAAUUCGACAAAAUCAACUCAAUGGAAAAAUUAUCCAAAUAUUUUUAUGAAAGCCUUUUAGAUGAGCCUAAAACAGUUGAAAAUGGUUCUUAUAUUACUCUGAAACAUGUUGCAACCGGAAAAUAUUUGUCUAGUUGUACCGAUAGCUAUGAAAGAGGUAGUGGAUAUAGUGGAUAUUUGGUUUAUGCAGGUCCAACCGUUCCAGAUACAAGUUGUGUAUGGAAAAUUAAUGAAGAUCAAGAAAAAAUUAGGAAUAAUCAAUUAGGGAAAUUUUUGACGAUUUUUUAUGGAGAUUUAUUUACUUUAACAAACAAAAAUAUUGAAUAUAACUUAAGUGUAAGUGGUGAUGAUGAAUCUCCUGCAACUAAAAAUUCAAAAGUAUGUAAUGCGAGAUAUGGCUCACUAUGGCAUUUUAGAAGUACUAACUCCGAAAAUCCUCCUUAUGUGAAGAGUAAAGAUAUAAUUAAUUUACAAAGUGAUCAAUUCGUAUUACGUAGUAGUGAAUCUACUUUUACUUGUGAUAAUAAAACAUAUCAGGAAGUUGCUUGUCAUAAAGAACGAAUAGGUGGAAAUGACGAGUGGUGCAUUGAAAUUAUUGAGCAAUCUAAUCAGGAGCGAGGAUAAAAUGAUUAUGAUCGAUAUAUUCCACAUGCAUAUUUUACUAUUUAUAACAAAUUUAACAAAUAUUUAUUGAAGAAUCGUUUAUCUAUGAAUCUUCCGUGAAUCCAUCUUAUUUAAAAGACAAUAAUUUGAGGGAAAGCAAAUAUGUAGUAUGAUGCUGUGAAAGAGAUAUAUUUUAUUGUUAUUAACUGAAAGGUGCCUUUAUACCGAUAAAAAAGAAGGUAGCGUGUCAGAAAUUUGAAGAAUUUAUUAUAGUUAUAGUAGUUUUACGAAUAAAAAUUUA